AUGUCUACCUUACUUCAGAAGUGCUCAAAACAAAACUUUUAUAAAACGGUUUCGGCAUUGGUCCGAGAGAAAAAAACGAAAUGUAGUGCAAAUAUUACAAUGACUGACGAUAGUUCUGUUGUGGUUUGUUGGCAUCCAGAAGAAUCUUAUCCUUAUGAAAUGUCUCAGCCUAUAAAAGAAAAAAAAAAAAUUGUUAGUAACUCGUUACUUAAAGUUCAGUCUAAUAAGGAACUUUUGUCUGUCCUAAAACCCAAACGUAAAGAUUUAGUCAGACAAGAAUUGAUGGCUUUAACUCAUUCUCAAAAGCAUGUUUGGUUUCCACCAAAGUUUCAAUUUAGAAAAAAACAACAACCAGAAAAAGAUAGACCUUACUUGUAA